AUGUCUAACAAGCCUAUUGCGACUGUGAGUGGCCUUCUUCGUGUAUCUCCGCUCGUCAAAGGUGUGAGGGAAGGCGAGGCAAGGAGUAAGGACCUCGUGUGCCUUGUCCUCCGAGAUCUCCUUUCCGCCGAGGCGUCCCUGGCCGGCCUGUCGACCUUUGGCGGCAUCAUGGGGUACACGAUGGCGGGAAGUGUGCCGUCGCUUGCGGGCGGGCUUGGCGUCGGCUCCGUCAUGGCCGUGGCUGCUAUGCGGAUCCACGACGGGCUGCCGUACGGCUACGAGCUUGCUGCUGCUAGCAGUGGGGGACUGGCGAUCCCCAUGAUCAACGUGCUGGCUUUGGAACUCUUAUCAUGUGAGAAUGGCAGAUUCCCUGGUCGACUGAGAUAG